AUGGAGACCUAUGGAAUAGGGAUAGCGGCGCUACAGGAAGUCCGAUGGCCUAGGCAAGGAGAAUGUAACAUUGACAACAGAGCUACCCUUUUCUAUAGCGGCUCGGACUCCGGGCACCAUGUGAAUGGAACUGGCUUUCUCAUCCGGAAUAGCUUACUAGGAAACGUCCUCCGUUUUGUUGCUGUCUCAGACAGGAUCUGUCUGCUUCGACUCAAAAGCCGAUUCUCCCACAUCACAAUCAUCAAUGCGUACGCACCCACAGAAAUAUCUAGUGAGGCUGCCAAAGACAGCUUCUACGAAGAUCUAGAAGCCUUAUACGACCAAGCAAACAGAUACGAUGUCAAAAUUCUAAUUGGUGACUUUAAUGCGCAAAUUGGGAGGGAGGAGGCUUUUGUGCCUACUAUUGGUCGCCAUAGCAAACACAAUACGUCUAAUGAUAAUGGUCUAAGGUUGAUCACAUUUGCAACGUCGAAAUCGUUAGUAAUCAAGAGCACCAUGUUCCCCCAUAAGGAAAUCUAUAAGGGCACGUGGAAGUCCCCUGACGGUAUGACCGUCAAUCAGAUAGACCACGUCCUCAUCGAUGACAGACACAAGAGCAUCAUACAGGACGUCAGAAGUUACAGGGGAGCAGACUGCGAUAGUGACCACUACCUGCAAGUGGUCAAAAUAAAACCAAAAAUAAAUACAAAGAAAAGGGCCAAAGUAGACAAAGAAGACCUAUUAGACGUGGAGAAACUUAAGGACCCAGCUAUAGGCACCCAAUUCCAAAUAGAGACCAGCAACAAAUUUAGCGAACUAAAGGUGGACGAAACGGACAUAGAAGACCUUUGGAAGAAUGUUAAAGACACAGCCAAGCAAGUGGGCCUACAGACAAUAGGCAGAAGGAAAAGAAAAAAGAAGAAGUGGUGGACAGAAGACUGCGAAAAAAUAGUGGAAGACAGGAGGAGACUUCGUAUUCUCGCAGAACAAGACCCGCGGCAGAACCAGCUAUAUAACGAUUUUAGACGGCAAGCGAAAAGAGUAAUACGGCAAGCCAAAAGGAUACAUCUAGCAAAAAAGGAUAAAAGAGAUGGAAACCCUGAUAAGAGCCAAUGA